AUGCACUACAAAGGAUUUCAUGUCAAAUUCUCGCUGGCUUUGUCAUUUUUACCAGCAAGCAUUAUGGCUGUUGUCGCCGUCUUCUCCGCCGCCACUUGCGCCAAUGCCUACGUCGCGUUCCGGCCAUUGCCUCUCUCAUCCCGCAACUUGACUACUGAGUUUCUGGAGAGAAAACGAUGGCUGCGAGAAAAAGGCAUUUCGGUCAGCAAAGCAUCGCGAAUGCAGAAGCGCGGAAGGAGCGCGCGGAGGGGCGGAGACCUUGUCUCAGGGGAGCUUCAAGAAAUGGAGGGGGAGCAGAGGCUCCGCGGAAUGCGGGCUAUGGCGGAAGGUGAAAGGCCCGAGGACGCGGCUUUCAUGCGGCGCGCGCUCGAGCUGUCGAGGCAGGCGCUGGGUCGCACGUCGCCGAACCCGAUGGUGGGAUGCGUGAUUGUAAAGGACGGUGCCAUUAUCGGGGAAGGCUGGCAUCCCAAGGCUGGCGAGCCGCACGCGGAGGUGUUUGCGCUGCGAGCAGCGGGCAAGGCGGCAGCGGGCGCGACGGCGUACGUGACGCUCGAACCCUGCAACCACCACGGGCGCACGCCGCCGUGCAGCCAGGCGCUAGUGAAGGCGCGCGUGCGGCGCGUGGUGGUGGGGACGGUGGACCCGAACCCCCUCGUGGGCGGGGAGGGCGUGCAGACGCUGCGGCGGGCGGGCGUGGAGGUGGUGGUGGGCGUGGAGGAGGCGGCGUGCCGGCGCAACGUGGAGGCGUUCAUGUUCCGCAUCGCCAACCAGCGCCCCUACUCCAUUCUGCGCUACUCCCUCUCUCUCUCGGGCUCGCUGCUCCCAUCCAUCGGCACAUCAGGCUGUGCUGCGGGCAGCUACCGCAGCCAGCUCUUGGCGGAGUACGACGCAGCUGUCAUCACAGACACCGACCUCCUCUCUGCUGUUGCUGCUGCUGGUUCCGACGGCGACGCUGCUUCAUCUGACUCCUCUACCAGCCCAGCGUCCCUCCUGUCCUCGGAGCCCGAUUGCCAGCAGCCGCUGCGUGUGGUCGUUGCUCGCUCCCUCACGCACCUCCCUCGCUCCGCACCCAUUUUCGACACCUCGCUGGCGCCCACACUCGUGGUAACCAGCGAGUCUGCAGUGGUAGUAGAUGUGAGUGCGGCGGCGGCAACAGGCCGGGCGGCAGCGGAGCAGUGGCUGGGGGAGUGCGGAGUGGAUUUAGUGGUGCUGCCGGAUGGGUUCUCCCCAUGUGAUGUCAUGGAGCUGUGUCUGGAGCGUGAUUGCAACUCCGUGCUCUGGGAUUGGCACCCGGUGGCGCAAGGCGCCGCUGGUAAUAGCACCAGCAGCAGCGACGGCGACGGGGACAGCUCUUCUAGUGGUGGUGAGGGCUGGUCGCUGGGCAGCUGGCUGAUGGAGGAUGAUGCAGUGGAGAAGGUGGUGGUUGCGCUCUCACCUGUGCUGGGUGGUUGUGCACCGAGGGAGGCAGCAAGCAGCAAUGGCGGGUGGCUAGAGGGUGGCGUGGGAGAGAUGUUUCCACUGCAUGGUCUGCAUGCGCAUGUGUGUGGUGAGGAUGUUAUUGUGGAGGGGUACGUUCAGAAGUAG